CGCAGAUUUGUUUUUGUUUAUACUUAUUCAAGAAUAUUUCAAUUAUUUUAAAUUCUUUAAAUAAAAUGUGUGACGAAGAGAAAAUUCAGUUUAAGCCAAUCAAAAAGAAGAACUUAAGGCAACGGAGAGUAUCUUCAGACAAUGAAGAAGGUUGUAAAAGUAAUGAAGCUGAAAUUUUAACAAAACUUGAAGAAACCAAGGAAAAACAAAAAUUGAGGAAUCGAGCAAAUGGAGUAAAUGCUGUAUCUUUAGCACUUGGAAAGAAAGUGACAUUAGAGGAAGAAGUAGCAGUAAAAGAUCCUUUUAAAGUUCAGAAUGGUGGUAUGGUUAAUAUGCAGGCGCUAAAAGCUGGAAAAUUAAAAUCUAGUGAAGAUGAUGCAUAUGAUUUGGGUAUAGGCACACAAUUUUCGGCAGAAACAAAUAUAGGUGAUACUGACGAGCAGAUGAUGAAAUAUAUUGACGAGCAAUUAAGCAAAAGAAAAGGUCAGGAAGCCAUGAAUCAGGAAAUUGAUGCAAAUCGAUACUUAAGUCCAGAAGAUGCAGCUAUUCUCUCACUUCCGAAGCAUCUUCGUGAAACUUCCACGAAAAAGUCUGAAGAAAUGUUGUCGAAUCAAAUGCUUAAUGGAAUUCCUGAAAUUAAUCUCGGAAUUGAAGCAAAAAUUAGAAAUAUCGAAGCAACUGAAGAAGCUAAGAUGAAAAUUCUAGCAGAUCAGAAGAGCAAGAAAGAUUUACCAUCACAAUUUGUCCCAAAAAAUUAUGCUGUAAAUUUUGUGCAGCAUCAUAGAUUUAACAUUGAUCAGGGUGAGCAGCAACGCAAGAGGCCUGGACAAAAUAACGACAAUUCAAAUACAAAAGCUCCAAAAAGAGCUACUGAUGAUUAUCACUUUGAUAAGUUCCGUAAACAGUUUAGGAAGUAGAAUUUUAAGUUAAAUAAUUGUUUUAAAGUAUAAGUUUUAAAUUUAAUAAAUUCUCUUUAAUCUCAAAA